AUGGGUCCCAGCUCCUUAGAGUCGCCAACAAGCCUGCCUCUGCCUCCUCCUGACUCAUUUGCAUGGAACCUGACCUGGGUCAUGAAAGAUUCCUUCCCGUUCCUGUCUCACCGUAGCAGAUAUGGUCUCGAAUGCAGCUUUGACUUUCCCUGCGAGCUGGAGUAUUCCCCUCCUCUGCACGACCCCAGGAACCACAGCUGGUCCUGGCGCCGCGUGCCCUCGGAGGAGGCCUCCCGGUUGGACCUUUUGAAUGGGCCUGAGGCAGAGCGCUCCAAGGAGAUGCCCAGAGGCUCCUUCCUCCUCCUCAACACCUCCGCGAACUCCAAGCACACCAUCCUCAGCCCCUGGAUGCGGAGCAGCAGCGAGCACUGCACGCUGGCCGUCUCAGUGCACAGGCACCUGCAGCCCUCCGGGAGGUACGUGGCCCAGCUGCUACCCCACAACGAGGCUGGACGAGAGAUCCUCCUGGUGCCCAGUCCGGGGAAGCAUGGCUGGACGGUGCUGCAGGGAAGAAUUGGGCGCCCAGAGAACCCAUUCCGCGUAGCCCUGGAAUACAUCUCAAGUGGGAACCGAAGCCUGUCUGCGGUGGACUUCUUUGCCCUAAAGAACUGCAGUGAAGGAACAUCCGCUGGCUCCAAGAUGGCCCUGCAGAGCUCCUUCACCUGCUGGAAUGGGACAGUCCUUCGGCUCGGCCAGGCCUGCGACUUCCACCAGGACUGUGCCCAGGGAGAGGAUGAGGGCCAGCUAUGCGGCAGACUUCCUGCUGGCUUCUACUGUGACUUCCAGGACGACUUCUGUGGCUGGACCCCAAGCACCCUGUCGCCCUACACACCCCAGUGGCAGAUCAGGACCCUAAAGGAUGCCGAGGGAUACCAAGGCCAAGCCCUGUCGCUGAGCACCACUGACGUGCCCACGCCCGCGAGUGCGACACUGACCAGCGCUACGUUCCCCGCGCCCAUGAAGAACUCUCCAUGUGAGCUCCGAAUGUCCUGGCUCAUCCGUGGAGUCCUGAAGGGGAACAUUUCCUUGGUGCUGGUGGAGAACAAAACAGGAAAGGAACAGAGCAGGCUGGUCUGGCAUGGUGCCGCCAACGAAGGCUUGGAUCUGUGGCAGUGCAUCCUGCUGCCUCUCCUCGACGUGUCUGACAGGUUCUGGCUGCAGAUUCUCGCGUGGUGGGGGAAAGGAACCAGAGCCACCGUGGCGUUUGACAAUAUCUCCAUCAGCCUUGACUGCUAUCUCACCAUCAGCGGGGAAGACAAGAAUGCAGCCCCCAAAUCAAGAAAUCUGUUUGAGAGAAACCCAAACAAGGAGCUGACCCCCUGGAGAAAUCCACCGAGGGAGACCCCCAUCUUUGACCCAACAGUUCACUGGCUGUUCACCACGUGUGGGGCCAGCGGGCCCCACGGCCCCACGCAGGCCCAAUGCAACAACGCCUACCGGCACUCCAACCUGAGCGUGGUGGUGGGGAGCCACGGCCCCCUGAAGGGCAUCCAGAUCUGGAAGGUGCCAGCCACCGACACCUACAGCAUCUCGGGCUACGGAGCCGCAGGCGGGAAAGGCGGGAAGAAUACCCGGAUGCGGUCCCACGGGGUGUCCGUGCUGGGCAUCUUCAACCUGGAGAAGGACGACAUGCUGUACAUCCUGGUCGGGCAGCAGGGGGAGGACGCCUGCCCCAGCACUAGCCAACUGAUCCAGAAAGUCUGUGUUGGCGAGAACAACGUGAUCGAAGAAGAACUCCGCGUGAACCGAAGCGUGCAUGAGUGGGCGGGCGGUGGCGGCGGCGGGGGCGGCGCCACAUACGUGUUUAAGAUGAAGGAUGGAGUGCCAGUGCCCCUGAUCAUUGCAGCCGGCGGUGGUGGCAGAGCCUACGGGGCCAAGACAGACACCUUCCAUGCAGAGAGGUUGGAGAAUAACUCCUCAGUGCUCGGGCUGAACGGCAAUUCCGGAGCCGCAGGUGGUGGAGGUGGCUGGAAUGAUAACACUUCCCAGCUCUGGUCUGGAAAAUCUUUGCUGGAGGGUGCUACCGGAGGACAUUCCUGCCCCCAGGCCAUGAAGAAGUGGGGGUGGGAGACAAGAGGGGGUUUCGGAGGGGGUGGAGGGGGGUGCUCCUCAGGUGGAGGAGGCGGAGGAUAUAUAGGGGGCAACGCAGCCUUGAACAAUGACCCCGAAAUGGACGGGGAGGAUGGGGUUUCCUUCAUCAGUCCUCUGGGCGUCCUGUACACCCCGGCUUUAAAAGUGAUGGAGGGCCACGGGGAAGUGAAUAUUAAACAUUACCUCAACUGCAGCCACUGCGAGAUAGAUGAGUGCCACCUGGACCCUGAGAGCCACAAGGUCAUCUGCUUCUGUGACCACGGGACCGUGCUGGCCGAGGAUGGGGUCUCUUGCAUUGUGUCGCCCACCCCAGAGCCCCACCUGCCGCUCUCGCUGAUCCUCUCUGUCGUGACCUCUGCCCUGGUGGCGGCCCUUGUCCUGGCUUUUUCCGGCAUCAUGAUCGUGUACCGCCGGAAGCACCAGGAGCUGCAGGCCAUGCAGAUGGAGCUGCAGAGCCCUGAGUACAAGCUGAGCAAGCUGCGCACCUCCACCAUCAUGACCGACUACAACCCCAACUACUGCUUCGCCGGCAAGACCUCCUCCAUCAGCGACCUGAAGGAGGUGCCCCGCAAAAACAUCACCCUCAUUCGGGGUCUGGGCCAUGGUGCCUUUGGGGAAGUGUACGAAGGCCAAGUGUCAGGAAUGCCCAAUGACCCGGGCCCCCUGCAAGUGGCGGUCAAGACGCUGCCAGAGGUGUGCUCAGAACAGGACGAGCUGGACUUCCUCAUGGAGGCUCUGAUCAUCAGCAAAUUCAACCACCAGAACAUUGUGCGCUGUAUCGGGGUAAGCCUGCAGGCCCUGCCCCGAUUCAUCCUGCUGGAGCUCAUGGCUGGAGGGGACCUGAAGUCCUUCCUUCGAGAGACCCGCCCUCGCCCGAAUCAGCCCUCCUCCCUGGCCAUGCUGGACCUGCUGCACGUGGCCCGGGACAUUGCCUGCGGCUGUCAGUAUUUAGAGGAAAACCACUUCAUCCACCGGGACAUUGCUGCCAGAAACUGCCUUUUGACCUGUCCAGGUGCUGGGAGAGUGGCCAAGAUUGGAGAUUUUGGGAUGGCCCGAGACAUCUACAGAGCGAGCUACUACAGAAAGGGCGGGUGUGCCAUGCUGCCAGUUAAGUGGAUGCCCCCAGAGGCCUUCAUGGAAGGAAUAUUUACUUCUAAAACAGACACAUGGUCCUUUGGUGUGCUGCUAUGGGAAAUCUUUUCCCUGGGAUACAUGCCAUACCCUAGCAAAAGCAACCAGGAAGUUCUGGAGUUCGUGACCAGCGGAGGGCGCAUGGACCCACCGAAGAACUGCCCGGGGCCUGUGUACCGGAUAAUGACCCAGUGCUGGCAGCAUCAGCCUGAAGACAGGCCCAACUUCGCCAUCAUUUUGGAGAGGAUCGAAUACUGCACCCAGGUAUAA